AUGGCCGCUGUCCUCGUCUCCCGAGCCUCGACGCCGGCCUCGGCCCUCCCGCUGAACCGCCGUGUUGGGUCCGUCACCGGAUCCCGUCGGUUCAACCUUCCCAACGUUGCUGAGGGAGGCGGCUGGCCGUAUCCCCGCCGCGGCGCUGCCUCGAAUGUCCCGGGAACGGGGCUCGCCGGCCGCGGCGGGCGCCGCGGCGCCCGGGGGUCGGUUCUCGGGGUUCGGCCCCGGGGGGCGCCCGGGGGCGGGGAAGGAACAGGUAAUCCCUGGCCCGUGGCGGCCCCGGGCGUGCCGUCUAAACGGGAGGUCCCCUCCCCGGUGCUCCCCGCGGAGCUCCGGCGACGUGCGCCCGGACCGGAGGCCGCCGGAGCCGGGGCCCGGCUGCCCUCGGGCCCCGAAAACGGCGUGGUGGGAUUUCCGUGGCACGGCUGGGGGAAGCGGGGGGCCGCCCACGGGCGAGUGCCAAGACGUGCCGGAGGCCCCACGGGUUCGCGCCCCAGCAGGCGGGCCGGGAGAAGGCGCGGAGGCUUGCGGGAAGUCACCUCCGGGGAGGCCGGGGAAGUCGGGUCCCUGAGUCCCAAAGCUCCUGCGACUUCUCGGCAGGCGAAUUCUCGGCGGGGGGGCACGGGGGCGUCCAACGCCGAGCGGGUCCUCUGCACCUCCCACCACCCCGAAUGGCGGGGUCUCCCCGACGAGGUCGGCCCGGACCACCCUCCCCGCAGGCACCCGCGGCUCCCGAAGGCGACGGUCUCCGGCGGAAUCGGUCGUGCGCCCCUGGGCCCCUCAACCAUCCGGCCACCUGGUCCGCAUCACCAGUGUUCCGUCUACGCCGGCGGUUUUGCACGGCUCCGGGCAGCCGAAUGCCUGACGCUGGCCGGCUCCUCCGGAACCUACACCUCCGUUUCGAUUGGAUUCUCACGAGCCGUGAAGGGCGACGUCCAAGUGGAGAUGUCUCCAAGAGCAGGGGCCGAGUGUCACGAGACCCACAUUCGUGCUCCGCCCCGGUCGUGCCGUGGGUCUACUCGGGGCAAAGAUCACCUAACCUCUCCAGGCUUCGCUCUUCUUACCUGUAAAGAUGGGGGGUUGGUCCGGACAGCGCUGAACGAACCCUCCUCCGUCCGGGCCUCGGAGGUGGUGCGGUACGAGGCUGGAUACGUGGUGUGUGCCGUGAUCGCGGGGCUGUUCCUCCUGGUGGUGCCCACGGUGGGGCUCUGCUUCUGUUGCUGUCGCUGCCGUCGGCGCUGUGGAGGCCGCGUCAAGGCGGAGCGCAAGUCCCUGGCGUGCGAGCGUGGCUGUCUCAUGGCCUGCCUGCUGCUCACGACCCUCGUCCUCCUGGCGGGUGCGGUCUGCGCCCUGGUCACCAACCAGCGAACGCACGAGGAGAUGGAGCCUGGCCUCGGGGCUGUGCCGGACACUUUGCGCGCCCUGCAGAGACUGGUCUCUGAAGUCCCCCAGGAGCUGGAGGCCGUGGCCCGGCGGUUCCGCGUCCCCCAGCGGAGAGUCUUGGCGGAGCUGGACGAUGUCGGAGAGAACCUGGGCGCUAGUCUGCACGCCCAGCUCCAAGCCACAGUGUACCGGGCACUGGCCACCGUGCGGAACACCGGGCAGGCCCUGCAGGUCUCCCUGCGGCACCUCCAGGCCGUGAACGCCAGCAGCGGCGCGGGGCGGGAGAGGCAGGGAGCCCUGGAGUCCGCCCUCCGCCAGCACCGGGACCGCCUCCUCCCCCUCCUCGGCGAAGCACGGUGCUCGGGGUGUGCCGAGGCGCUGCGCCUGGCCCGGGGCCUGGAGCUGGGGGCCAACUUCAGCCAGGUGCCGUCUGUGGAGGACGUCUCGCAGCAGCUGAAGGGUGUCCCCGAGGCCAACUUCACCAGCCUGGCCCUGGAGGAGAACAGCACAUUCAACGCCCUUCCCAUUCUGGCCUCUGUCCAGACUGCCAGGGUAGUGCACGACCUGAAGAAGGCCUUGGACCACAUCCCAGAGGAGGUGGCGUCACUGUCCCGGGGUUUCCCCGGCUCGGAGGCCGCUGGCCGCUGGAGUCGGGCCUUGGAGGAAGCGGAGAACGGCAGCCGGCCGUACCUGCGGGAGGUGCAGAGAUGCGAGCAGUACAGGUGGAUCCUGAGCUGCAUCCUGUGCUCUGUGCUCCUGCUGAUUGUGCUGUGUAACCUGCUGGGCCUGGCCCUGGGUGCCUGGGGACUCGCCGCGCGGGAAGACUCCAGCCAGUCGGAAGCCAAGGGGGAGUGCGGCGCCCGCUGCCUCAUGGCGGGCGUGGGGCUCAGCUUCCUCUUCUCCGGGCCCUUCAUCCUGCUCGUCUUCGCCACCUUCCUGCCGGGGGGCAACGUUCAGACCCUGCUGUGCCGCAGCUGGGAGAGCCACGAGCUGUACCAGUUUGUGGACACCCCGGGGAACCUGCCCCCGUCCGUGAACCUCUCUCGGCUGCUCGGCCUCAAGAGGGAUGUCAGCGUGGCUUCAGCCUACCAGCAGUGUAAGGCCGGGGCCGCUCUCUGGGAGGUUCUGCAGCUCAACGGCUCCUACGACCUUGAAAGGCACCUGGACGUCAGCCAGUACACAGCCAAGCUGCAGAAGGACCUGAGGGAGCUCCAGGUAGAUGUGAAGGAGCUGGACCUGCUGAAUGCCGCUGCCCGCAGAGACCUGACCAAGCUCCAGGCCAGUGGGCUGGACCACAUAGACUAUCCCGGCUUCCUCGCCCAGAUCCAGAGGCCCGUGGUGAACACGGACGUGGUUCAGCUGGCGGGGGAGCUGGAGAGGCUGAGCCAGGCUCAGAGCGACUCCGCCCUGGGCCAGCAGCUGGAGACCGAAGGCCGGGCCCUCUUGAGCCUCCACCAAAAUCAAGUCGUCCUGCAGGAGGCCAGUCUGGCCGAGCUCAACAGCAGCGUCCGGAUCCUGUCGGCGUCAGCCCCAAAACUCCAGGUGGCUGUGGUAGACACUUUGGCCAAUGUGACCUUCGUGAAGACCGAGGUGACCAGCAGGGCCAACCAGAUCCUGAGGAACGAGAGUGAGUGUUUUCUGAAUCGACAGCUGGACUACUUCUCCCAGUACCUGAGUUGGGUGAGGCAGACGGUAACUCAGCAGAUUGCCACCUGCAAGCCCCUCUCAAGAGCCCUGGAUAACGCCCAGGUCAUCCUGUGUGACCUCAUCGCAGACCCCUGGAACGCCUUCUGGUUCUGCUUGGCCUGGUGCACCUUCCUCCUCAUUCCCAGUAUGAUCUUCGCUAUCAAAAUGACCAAGCACUUCCGUCCCAUCCGGAAGCGCUUGAGCUCUACCAGCUCUGAGGAGACCCAGCUCUUCCACAUCCCCCGGGUGACUUCGCUCAAGCUGUAGGAUCAAGACCUCCUGGCCCGCUGCCCGCUCCCCGCUCUGCCCCUCACUGCCAGGAUUUCGCUGCUAGAUGCCCCAGAGAGGAGCUCUGUCCCCCCAGGAUCGCUGAGCCCUCCACGGUGGCCCGGCUCUCUCUGCCCUGUCCCGGUCCAGCCCGAGGAGGAGAGCCCGGGACCCGAGUCAUGAGCCCCCCACCCUCGGUGCCCUUUGCCCAUUCCUUGGCCCCUGCAGAGGUGGGGUGAGCUGAGGGGUGGAAGCCUUCCAUUCCCUGCCCUCUUAGCUCUGCCGAUCACUGGGGAGCCUGGGGGAGGACCACGGGCAUACAUCUGGGACAACCUCCCAUAGCUGGGUUCACUGUUACCCCUGUCCUGCUGGCCUUCUCUCUUGCCCCACCCCAAGAUUUGCCUGUGACCCUGGGAGCUGGGGCAGAAGAGGAGGCUGGGGCUCCAACCCUGGAGACUAAUAAAGCACAGCCACUUUUCCCAGG